GUCGAGGAGCGGGCGGCAGCGCCCGCCUUCCGCUCUCGUCCAUUGGAUAAGGCUUCGUGGGUGCCCGGAGAACGGAGUGCGGCAGCAUUGGCUGCAGUGGAUCGUGGCAGCUGCGCCCAUUGGCUGAGGCGGCCCCCGUGACGCGGGGUGGCGACCGGCUCCCCGGGUCUGAGGGGGCUCCUGCUUGUCAGGUUCUAGAUAUGUGCUGAUUAGAAGGCUCAGUUGUAUAUUAAGGACAAGCAGUGCCUUAUAAAAAUGGGGUUUGGGACUGACCUGAAGAAUUCACAUGAAGCUGUGUUAAAAUUGCAAGAUUGGGAACUACGGUUACUGGAAACAGUGAAGAAAUUUAUGGCUUUGAGGAUAAAAAGUGAUAAAGAAUAUGCAUCUACUUUACAGAACCUUUGUAAUCAAGUCGAUAAGGAAAGUACUGUCCAAAUGAGUUAUGUCAGCAAUGUAUCUAAGUCUUGGCUACUUAUGAUUCAUCACACAGAACAGCUUAGCAGAAUAAUGAAGACACACGCGGAGGAUCUGAACUCGGGGCCCUUACACAGACUCACCAUGAUGAUCAAGGACAAGCAGCAGGUGAAGAAGAGUUACCUGGGCGUUCAUCAGCAGAUGGAGGCAGACAUGAUCAAGGUUACAAAAACAGAAUUGGAGAAAUUAAAAUCCAGCUAUAGACAAUUAAUUAAAGAAAUGAACUCUGCCAAAGAAAAAUAUAAAGAAGCUUUAGCUAAAGGGAAGGAAACAGAGAAGGCCAAGGAACGUUAUGACAAAGCCACCAUGAAACUGCAUAUGCUGCAUAACCAGUAUGUGUUGGCAUUGAAAGGGGCACAGCUUCAUCAGAAUCAGUAUUAUGACACCACACUUCCUCUGCUGCUGGACUCGGUACAGAAGAUGCAAGAAGAAAUGCUAAAAGCACUGAAAGGUAUAUUUGAUGAAUACAGCCAGAUAACCAGUCUUGUUACAGAGGAAAUAGUGAAUGUUCAUAAAGAAAUUCAGUUGUCUGUUGAACAGAUAGAUCCUAGCACAGAAUACAAUAAUUUCAUAGAUGUUCACAGAACAACAGCUACUAAAGAACAAGAAAUUGAGUUUGAUACUUCGUUAUUAGAAGAAAAUGAAAACCUUCAGGCAAAUGAGAUCAUGUGGAAUAAUUUAACAGCAGAAAGUUUACAAGUAAUGUUGAAAACUUUAGCAGAAGAACUUAUGCAGACACAGCAGAUGCUUUUAAACAAAGAGGAGGCUGUCCUGGAGCUACAGAAUAGGAUUGAAGAAUCUUCUAAGACCUGUGAAAAGAAGUCUGAUAUUGUGCUUCUGCUAAGCCAAAAACAGACGCUUGAAGAGCUGAAACAGUCAGUCCAGCAGCUGAGAUGCACUGAGGCAAAGUUUGCAGCACAGAAAGAAUUACUGGAACAAAAAGUACAAGAAAAUGAUGGGAAAGAGCCGCCCCCAGUAAUAAAUUAUGAAGAAGACGCACGAUCGGUUACCUCUAUGGAGAGAAAGGAGAGGCUAUCCAAAUUUGAAUCUAUUCGUCAUUCGAUUGCUGGAAUAAUUAGGUCUCCAAAAUCCGCACUGGGCUCUUCAGCAUUCUCUGAUGUGAUCUCCUUAAGUGAGAAGCCCCUGGCUGAACAAGACUGGUACCAUGGUGCAAUUCCUAGAAUAGAAGCCCAAGAGCUUUUGAAACAACAAGGGGACUUCUUGGUGCGAGAGAGUCAUGGGAAACCUGGUGAAUAUGUCCUUUCUGUAUAUUCUGAUGGACAAAGGAGACACUUUAUCAUACAAUUUGUUGAUAAUCUCUAUAGAUUUGAGGGCACUGGGUUUGUAAACAUCCCUCAACUUAUAGACCAUCACUACACAACAAAACAAGUCAUCACUAAGAAAUCGGGUGUAGUUCUGCUGAAUCCUAUCCCCAAGGAUAAGAAAUGGAUUCUCAAUCAUGAAGAUGUCAUAUUGGGAGAAUUGCUGGGCAAGGGAAAUUUUGGUGAAGUAUAUAAGGGCACAUUAAAGGAUAAAACUCCUGUGGCUGUUAAAACUUGUAAAGAAGAUCUUCCUCAGGAAUUGAAAAUAAAAUUUUUACAAGAAGCGAAAAUUCUCAAGCAAUAUGAUCAUCCCAAUAUUGUCAAACUUAUAGGAGUUUGCACACAAAGACAGCCUGUCUAUAUCAUUAUGGAACUGGUUCCAGGAGGUGAUUUUCUCUCCUUUCUGAGAAAGAAGAAGGAUGAAUUAAAACUCAAACAGUUAGUGAAAUUUUCAUUAGAUGCUGCUUCUGGUAUGUUGUAUUUGGAGAGUAAAAACUGCAUACACAGGGACCUUGCAGCAAGAAACUGCCUGGUUGGUGAAAAUAACAUCCUGAAAAUCAGUGACUUUGGAAUGUCUCGGCAAGAGGAUGGGGGCGUCUAUUCGUCUUCCGGCUUAAAGCAGAUUCCCAUCAAGUGGACAGCUCCAGAAGCUCUUAAUUAUGGGAGAUACAGUUCUGAGAGUGACGUGUGGAGCUUUGGCAUCCUGCUGUGGGAGACGUUCAGCUUAGGAGUCUGUCCCUACCCUGGAAUGACCAAUCAACAAGCACGAGAACAAGUCGAAAGAGGAUAUCGCAUGUCAGCCCCCCAGCACUGUCCAGAAGACAUCGCCAAAAUCAUGAUGAAGUGUUGGGAUUAUAAGCCCGAGAACCGCCCUAAAUUCAGUGAACUUCAGAAAGAGCUCACCAUCAUCAAGAAGAAGAUCACAUAGGGACGGGCCAGGCCCCGCUCGGCCUCCAGGAGCCGGUCCUCCCCAGGGGAGCGCUGUGGUUCACCUUAACAAUCAGCUGAUCCCGUGUCCCCUGCAGCCAGCUUCUAAGGUCACUGUCUUUUAUUAACUAGAUUUCUAAAAAUACGUUCCACUCUAAACAAUGUCAGAAGCAAAUCUGUUCCAGAAGCAGCACUCCUGCCAAGGGCUUUGUUAGCUAGCCACCGCCAGACUGCCACUUGAGGCCACUGUAAACAGAGCACAGGCUCUGGGCGUGGGGAGGACGCGAGGUCCACCUUUGCACACCCAGGUCACCUUGCGCCUCUCAGCGGAGUUCUACUUUGGGCACAGUUUGUGGGCCACCAGGCUCCACCACAGACCCUCCUUGGUUGGUGCUAUAAGCCGCAUUGGGCCUGCCUGGUUUGCUGGAUGUGGUCCCACCACAUCCUAGUCUGGCCUCCUAGUCUGCCAAAGCAAGAUUCUCUCUGUAAGCGUAAUAUUGGGAAUUAUUUGGACCUCCUAGAGGUUUUCUUUGUUUUCCCGCCAGAAAUAGAAGCCCGGUAUGAAACUCCCCAUGCUCCCAUAUCCUUAGUAAGAUUGUCUUCCCUCUCUUUGUUGCCUGGGCAUCAAAACCCAGGGUGGCAAAUGGCCACAGCUGCUCGGCCAAGUGGCACAGAGUGCAGGGAUGGCAGGUGGCAAGCCGGCGCGGCGGGCACUGUGCAGAGCGGGGCAGUGCUGCAUCGGGAGUGGGGUGGGGUGGUGUGGGGGAGCCAGUGAAGAAGGAAGGCGUGUCAAGACCUGCCUUCUCAUCACAUUGACGCCCAUAUAAACACACAUAUCCCCACAUCCUUUUAGUUUUUGCCUGAACUCACAACAUCCGGCUCCUAGGAACUGUUUCAGGAGCUCACAGAUGGGAGACACUACAGAGCACACAUGCGCAGAAGCACCAGCAGCCUUCUGCUUCAGUUGCUUCACCCCAGAGCAGCCACCCCAGAAUGUAAGUGCCAUUAUUUGUACUGGUUUCUGAAGCUGUCAGAACUCUUCCUGGUUCCAAACACAGACACGUGUGCACACACGCAGGUAUGCACACACUCCCGAGUGGCGGGGAAGGUGUAUGCAUAGCAAGCUGAUGGGUUGGAAGCCAAGUGAGUUUUAGGGGGUGCAAGAUACACACAGCCCUCCUCUUCCCCACCCUGCCCGGCCUCUUCCUUUGUCCCUGACUGCCCCUGGGAUCCCUCCUGGCUUUCAGAUGUGAGGGUAGUGCCCUCAAUGGUCCAUGUGGCUCAAAUACAGCCCAGGGUUCAGACAAGGCUUCUGCUGGGCUCUGGGGGACUAUCCCAUGGAGUGGGUACAGGGGCCUGUCAGCGCUGGCAUUAGUCAUGGCAGGAGGAACUGUGGCUUACACUUCUGCCCUUUGUAAGUGCUCAGGUCUGUGUCUCAAUAUGCAACACUGUAGUGAUGAUUUAGUCCAUGUUUUGGGAAAGAGCUUCCCCCUCUAGUUGUUUACUACCCACGAAUGUCACUGUUCAGAACUCAUACCAGUGCUAAACAACAUAAAGGAUGAAAAAGGGAAAAGCAGCGUGGGUCUGUCAGUCAGUCUCCUUGCACAUUGAGUGAUUCAUGCGCUUAGAACAAAAUGAAAGUAUGAUCAAGUUUCCCUUAAACGUAAAUUGGGAUAUACAAGGCAGCUCUAUGUUAUGCAAUGUGGUUUCCCCUUAGUUCAGAUCUUAUGACUAAAUGGACCUUUCUUUGGAUAGCAUGUACCAUGGUUGAUCAAUGCUCAGACUCUUAAGUUCAGUGUUCUUCAGGUACCUACCAAUCUUCAGAAGUACAAUACGAUGGGCCAUUUGCACCGCUUUGGGAAUUCCCAAGUGAGGCUGUUUGUAAUAUUCUUUGUUUAAAGAAAACAGCACUCCGUCCCUUAGCAGCCUCGGUGCUAAGCUCUCAGCGAGGAGAGGAAAUGAUGGGUUUGGCUUUAAUUUUAUGAACAAGACCUGAAGCUUAAUCCUUGCAUUCUGGCAUAAAGAAUGAACAUGGCAUUGAUAUUUCACUCAUCCAGGCUGUUAGAAUUUGCAAUUCACAUCUUAACUCUGUGCUUAAAUUAAAAAGCUUUGCAAAACAUCAUGACAUCUGCAGCAUUUAAAUUCUGCUUUAUUCUUUGUCCCAAAGCAGGCAGUAGUACAGUUCAAGAUUAAUAUCUCAUUGCAAGUCUUCCGAGAUCAUAUCAGUUGUAUGGAAUAUUAAAUUUCAUACAGGCACAUGCAUUAAGAAAAGCUUCUGCAAACCAUUUUUUACUGUUAAUUUUGUUGUGCAUGGAGCAUAAUUUAUUCAUCCCUUCUGUCACUGAUAAUUAUUGGAAUUAUGUACUUAGGAAGUUAAUCCACACCCAGAAAGCACACACAUAAAGACCAUUCUGCAUUCCCAAGUUUGUGUAGGGAAAGGAGCUCUCCCAAAUGCAGGAAACCUGGAGGUUUGUUUAGGAAAAAAAAAAAAAAACAUUUGUAGCCACGAUUGUCACUGUUCUGGAUUUGACUGAGUCUGGUUGCAAAUCCUUGUACUAGUAACACAUCCUCCAAGAGCUGUACCACCACAUAGCUGUUCUCAAAAGUUCUUACGUGUGUUUGUCAGGCAGGUGGGUAGGGAGCAGUCAGAGCAGGCCAGUUGUCACAGCAGUGUUUCUACCUUGAAUCACCGAAAAGCCUUCCUUUCUCAGAAAUCUUUAGGAAGCACAUUAUUUCUCAAGACAUUUGUUGUUGCCACGUUGUCCUGUGUUCCUCACGUGUGGGACCUAAAGUUAACUUCUGUACUGUGUCGUUUCUUCCCAAAGCUAAAUAGUGUGCAAUGCAUUCACAAGUUUUGUUUAACAUUUAAUAAGGGGGGGGGGGAUUUGUUUCCAACUACCCUGCUAUCAGAGCCCUCGUGAAAAGUCUUGUAUUGUUUCCUCUUUAAUCUUCUCUCCCUUGAAUAUGGGCAGCACAAUUCACUUCAUUUUCACCUAAUAGCUUUUAUUUUUAAGUCUGAUCAGUGCCACUGAAAUAAUAAGGGCUUCACAAUCCUGGUAUCAGGUGGUAUCAAGAAGAACGUGGUUGAGUUCUGUGGUGUAAGGAGUCUUCAGGAAGUCCACAGAAAAUGGAAUUAAUAGUACAGUGAUUCUGGCGCAAAACAUUUCAAAAUCCAUGCAUCGUUUAUGCAGAGUGCGCAUUUUUUUUUUUGCAAACUUUGUGAAGACUCCUUGUAUAGGCCAUACCCCAAGGACCCUACAGCUGGAUGAGCAGAAGUUAGAACGCAACAAUACCCACCAACUCACAUACCACCGCAGCUCAUUUUGUUCGGUCACAUGGGAGUUAGCUCCUGAACAUGAUACACCCGAAGAAUACGCUUGACCUAGUCCAUACUGUGUGUGCUGCUAUGUGGCAUCCUCUGAAGGUGUCACUGAUAGCUGCUGGAAAGGGAUUCUUGACCUCCGCUUCUUUCCCCACGCCUCCCCAGGUCGCAGCACACCUGGUGAGUCUUGGAAGGACUGGCUUUCCCAUCAAAAGGCCAGGGCCCUCUCAUGAGACACAGCCCUGCAAAAACGGAAUCGAAGAUUCCACAUGAAAGGAAGUAUCAGAUACACUGCUCUUAUACCAUUAAGCCAGCAUGAAAGCUUGCCACUAAAAUAAAGUGUUACCUCUUUUAUGAAUAACUGAUUUUUUAUACCUAUCCAAGUCAUUUUACUCAGUAUUUUAAUCUUAGUUCUUUCUUCUGAUUCAGUCAGUUUCAUGUCAGUUCUGAAUACAGUUUUAGUUGGGAGCAUUCACAGUUGCAUAUUUGUCUCAGCAAAGGAAGAUACUCUGAAGUCAGGAUUUCAUAUACCAAGAUUCUCCUUCAAAGCUUAAUGUUGUGCUGCAGAAACUGUACAACUCUGCACCUUAGCCACCAUUCUUGUGGAAAUACUUUGUAAUCCUUAGAGACCACUGGCUGCCUUUCUGUCCUGUUAUGUGUAGCCAUUUAGAAUUGCUUUGCUCCUUAAGAGGGUCUGAGAUUCCUGGGUGGCAGAGAGACCCUGCCCUGCUGAGGAUUUUUUUUUUUUUUUUGCCACUCUGGGCUGCGUGGAAAGCCUGAGCCUGGCUUCUCAGCCUCUGCUGGGAUGGGACAGACACAAAAGGUCCUAGAGGGGAAAAGUCAGGCUUUCCAAGGCAAGAGGAGACAGCUAUGCAAACAGGCUGGAAAAAGCAAAGGGGAACACAGACUUGACCAAUGUCACCAGGAAGGCAAUGGGAGACAAUGCUAUGAGGCCAGGAAACUUAAAAUGAUCAGAGAGGAUGCUAAAGAACCACUGGCAGUGGGUAGGCACUCCCUAGAGCAAACCCAGCUCCUCUCCCUGCUGUCCCACAGCUGCAACCCCCAGCUCAGCUGCAGUGCUGAGCGACCCUAAGGGAUUUGCUUGGCUUUGUUCCCUCUUCCAAGGAGAUCAGCCUGAGUCUUUGUACGUGUGUAUUAGCGAUAGUUUAUGCUUCUCAGGUUGCUCAGAUUUUACUGGAAAUAUUUGGCCAUACCAGAGUGUAACUGCAGCUGAAGCCUCCCAAGUGAGAGCACUUGCAGAUCAGCCCCACUUCCCUUUUCACUGGGGCUCACUGAGGG